GCCUGCACGUGGGAGCCGGGAGGCGGCGGGGCGCGCGCGGCAGAUGGAGUGGGUGCUGGCGGAAGCGCUGCUCUCGCAGAGCCGCGACCCCCGGCUCCUGCUGGGCGCCCUGUGCUGCGGGGCGGCGUCCGCGGAGCGCGUGGAGACGCUGCGCUUCCUCCUGCAGCGGCUGGAGGACGAGGCGGCGCGCGGCGGCGGCGGGGACGCGGGCGCGCUCCCGGAGGCGGCGCGCGAGGUCGCCGCGGGGUUCCUGGUGCCGCUGCUGCGGGGCCUGCGCGGGCCGGACCCCGCGCUGCCGCCGCGCCUCCGCCGGCGCGUGCUGCGGGCGGCGGGCGCGGCCCUGCGCUCGUGCGCCCGCCUGGCCGGGGGCCCGCAGCUGGCGGCCGCGCUGGCCGAGGAGGCGCUGCGCGACCUGCUGGCCGCGGGCCGCGCGCCGGGCGCCGAGGCGGCCGUGGAGGUGCUGGCGGCCGUCGGGCCCUGCCUGCGGCCCCGCGAGGACGCGGCCCUGCUCGAGCGGCUGGCGCGGGCCGCCGUCGCCCUGGUGCUGGGCGGGGAUGGGGAGGAGGCGGGGCCCGCCGAGGACGCGGUGGCGCUGGUGGCCGGGCGGCUGCUGCCCGCGCUGGGCCGGUGCGGCGGGGCGGCGCUGCGGGCCGUGUGGAGGGGACUGGCCGCGCCGGCGGCCCCCUCGGCGCCGGGCCGCGUCGGGCUGGAGCUGCUGGUUGUGAGCGCCCUGGCGGAGAAGCUGCUGCCCGAGCCCGGCGCGCACCGCGGCCCCCGCGCGCACGAGGCGGGCCCCGACGCCCGGCGCUGCCGGCGCUUCUGGAGGACGGUGCAGGCGGGCCUGGGCCGGGCCGAGGACGCCCUGACGCGCAAGCGAGCCCGCUACCUGCUGCAGAGGGCGGUGGAGGUGUCGGCGGAGCUGGGGGCCGACUGCACCUGCGGCCCCCCGGAAGGAAACGGCCCAAGUCUGUUUUGGUGGUCUGAGAAGAAAAAAGAUGAGCUUCUAAAAUUUUGGGAAAAUUAUAUUUUAAUUAUGGAAACUCUAGAAGGAAAUCAGAUACAUGUCAUAAAGCCAGUCUUACCAAAGCUGAACAAUCUGUUUGAAUAUGCAGUGUCAGAGGAAAAUGGAUGUUGGCUCUUCCAUCCAUCCUGGCAUAUGUGUAUUUAUAAAAGAAUGUUUGAAAGUGAAAAUAAAAUCCUGACCAAAGAAGGUGUUAUCCAUUUUUUGGAGCUGUAUGAAACGAAGUUCCUUCCAUUUUCACUAGAAUUUUCUGAGUUUAUUACUGGACCAUUAAUGGAUGCACUUUCAGAAUGCUCUCUGUAUAGCAGGUCCCCAGGCCAGCUGAUAGGAAGUGGUUCUCCAUUGGGAUUGAAAUUACAGAAGUUUUUAGUCACUUAUAUUUCUCUUCUUCCAGAAGAAAUAAAGAGUAGUUUCCUAUUAAAGUUUAUUCAGAAGAUGACCAGUAGACAUUGGUGUGCUGUUCCCAUUUUGUUUUUAUCAAAGGCUUUGGCAAAUGUCCCAAGAUCGAAGGUCCUGGGUAUAGAAGGGCUUCUUGCUCUCAGGGACGUUAUUCAUUGCACAAUGAUCACACAUCAGAUUCUCCUGAGAGGGGCAGCUCAAUGCUAUCUUCUUCAAACAGCUAUGAAUUUGCUGGAUGUGGAGAAGGUGUCACUUUCUGAUGUCUCAGCUUUUCUCAUGUCUCUGAGACAAGAGGAAUCCUUAGGACGAGGAACUUCACUGUGGGCAGAGCUCUGUGACUGGUUGGGUGCUAAUGAAAGCUGUUUUAAGCAACCUCCAGCUUGUAGCCCCGUUGGACUUCACAAGCCAUCUUUAAAUGCUUAUGUGAAGACCCUAGUUCAAGAGUACGUUAAGUCGCCUGCUUGGGAAACAGGAGAAAACUGCUGUGUGCCUGACUGGUUUGAAGCCAAGCUUGUUGCUCUGAUGGUCUUGCUGGCUGUGGAUGUGGAAGGAAUGAAGACUCCAUAUAGUGAAAAACGGAGAACAGAGAAUAUACUGAGGAUAUUCUUAAAUCCUCUUCUGGAUGCCCUUAUGAAGUUUGGCACAAAUGCCUACAUGUCCUUGCUGAAAACCGACAGAUGCCUCCAGCUGCUGUUGAAGUUGUUGCACACUUCCAUGGUGAAAGAUUCCAGCACCCAGAAUGAUGAGGUGUUUACUGUGCUUCAGAACUUUGUCAUGUCUACUACGGAAAGUGUUUCUGAAUUUAUUCUCAGAAGACUCACUAUGAAUGAGCUAAAUAGUGUUUCAGAUCUGGACCGUUGCCGUUUAUACCUGACGGUGUUAACUGAGCUUAUAAACCUCCAUUUGAAGGUUGGGUGGAAAAGGGGUAACCCCAUUUGGAGAGUUAUUUCUCUUUUGAAAAAUGCAUCUAUUCAGCAUCUUCAAGAGGUGGACAGUGGACAGGAGCCAACGCUGGGGAGUCAGAUUCAGAGGGUAGUUAGUAUGGCUGCCUUGGCCAUGGUGUGUGAGGCUAUUGACCAGAAGCCUGAACUACAGCUGGAUUCUCUCGAUGCCGGGCCCAUGGAGAAGUUCCUCUCCUCCCUUCAGCUCAAUCAGACGCUGCAGAAGCCCCACGCAGAGGCUCAGAGCAGUUUUUUUGAAGAAUCGUCGUCUUCCCAAGGAUGGGGGAAAAUAGUUGCACAGUAUAUCCAUGAUCAGUGGGUGUGCCUCUCCUUCCUGUUGAAAAAAUACCACGCCCUCAUACCAGCCACAGAGAGUGAAAUUCCAAAACCCUUUCUGCCUGCUGUUCAAAUGCCAGUAAGGACUUUGCAGUCUGCACUAGAAGCCCUCACAAUUCUCCCUUCUGAUCAAGUUCUACCAGUGUUCCAUUGCAUGAAAAUUUUGGUUCCCAAGCUUCUGACCUCCUCUGAGUCACUCUGCAUAGAGUCUUUUGACAUGGCUUGGAAAAUAAUAUCUUCUUUAAGCAACACUCAGCUGAUAUUCUGGCCUAAUUUAAAAGCUUUUGUUCAGUUUGUUUUUGAUAACAAAGUUCUCACCAUUGCUGCAAAAAUCAAGGGCCAGGCAUAUUUCAAAAUAAAAGAGAUUAUGUACAAGAUAAUUGAAAUGUCUGCUAUAAAAACUGGAGUCUUCAAUACACUGAUAAGUUACUGCUGCCAAUCUUGGAUAGUGUCUGCUUCAAAUGUGUCCCAAGGAUCUUUAUCAAGUGCUAAAAAUUAUAGCGAACUUAUCCUUGAGGCUUGCAUAUUUGGAACUGUGUUUAGGCGUGAUCAAAGACUUAUUCAGGAUGUACAGACCUUCGUAGAAAAUCUUGGACGUGACUGUGCAGCAAACGUCGUUUUGGAAAAUACUAAAAGAGAAGACCAUUAUGUGAGAAUUUGUGGUAUCAAAUUUCUGUGUUUAUUAGAUGGCUCAAAUAUGUCCCAUAAGUUGUUUAUGGAGGAUCUUGCAAUCAAGCUAUUAGAUAAAGAUGAAUUGGCGUCCAAGUCCAAAAUUAGCUACUAUGUAAAUUCUCUACAACACAGAGUGAAAAACCGAAUAUGGCAGACUCUACUGGUACUUUUCCCCAGAUUUGAUCAGAACUUCGUGACUGGAAUUAUUGAGAGGAUUUUCCAGUCUGGCUUCAUCAACAAUCAAGCGUCUGUAAAAUAUUGUAUAGAGUGGAUUAUUAUAUUGAUUCUUCAUAAAUUCCCUCAGUUUCUUCCGAAGUUCUGGGAUUGUUUUUCUUAUGGUGAAGAAAACCUUAAAACAAGUAUUUGUACAUUUUUAUCAGUUUUGUCACAUUUGGACAUCAUUACUGAAAAUAUUCCAGAAAAGAAACUAAUUCUGAAGCGAGCCCUUAUUAUUGUACUGCAGUGGUGUUUCAAUCACAAUUUCAGCGUUCGACUGUAUGCUUUAGUUGCUCUUAAGAAAAUCUGGAACAUGUGUAAAACAUCGCGCAUUGAGGAAUUUGACGCCUUGACUCCUGUUAUUGAAUCCAGUCUCUGUCAGGUGGAAAGCAUGCACGGAGUGGGGAAUGCUAAGAAGAAUUGGCAACGCAUCCAAGAGCAUUUCUUUUUUGCAGCAUUUCACCCACUGAAGGAUUAUUGUCUGGAGGCAGUGUCUGGCUUGUAAACAGUGGAAGGGAAUAUUUAACUCUAAACAGAAAUCUGUUCUGACAUUAAAAGGAAAUGAGUGAGAACAUUUGUGCAGGUGAGAUUUUACUGUACUGAAGCCCGUUGUUAAUGAAAGAACAAAAAGACAUACUCUUUUGUUAAUGGCAUUUUUUAGGUUCUGGGUAAUGAAAAUUGUGUAGCAAAUCAUAUACCACCUCACUGCUUGUAACAAUGUGCUUAUGUAAUUUUAGGAACCAUAAACAUAUUUAUUAUGAUUAAUCUGUAAACUGAUUCAAUAUAUAAAUUAUCAGCAUUUGCAUAAAUUAAAUCACUUUCUCCUUUUUUCAACUCUGAUUAUAAUUUGCUGCCCUUGAAUUUAAAGCAUUUGACCUAGACGACUUGUAAGUAUCAGUAAUGUUGACUACUAUGCAUAAGCAGUUUUUAUAGUAGAUUAAUAAUAAACUGGCCUUUAAAAAAAACAGAUGUAUAUAUUGUGAGGUAUACAUCAUAGAACGUUAAUGUGUAUUUUCUGCUGCUUCACUGCAAAUAUUAUUUAGGAAUUUUCAAAUAUUUUAACAUGCUCUGCUCUGUGUUCUUUAGUGCCCAGAGUGCUUUGUCUGCCAUCUUUCUGCAGGACUGCUUUAAUAACCCUAGUGUUAAGUCAGCCUUUUUCUGUUCAGUUCUCCAGCCAGGAGUAAGUCCUUCACUUCCCCCUUUCCCUCACCUCUGCCUCUGACUGCCUCACUCUCUUACAUUUUAUGUUUCAUUCUCCAUCAGUGAUGUGAAUCAGAACUAUGUGUGUCAAUUUGAUGAUGGAAGUUCACAAGAACUAUGUCUCUCUAUAUAUUUGGAGCUAAACUUAGUGCUCACUUAAUAAACAUUUGGUUGCAAUAUUAUGCGAGUUUAAAUUUGCAUAAAUAUGGCAUAAUGAAAACCAUAUUCAUUCUGAAAACUUCCAUGAAGACACGCAUACUGUUGUGAGUUUAUCAUUUCAGUUUUAAAUUGCCUGUUACUUGGGCUUCUGCUUCUUCUGUGCCUUUUCACUGUGGAUUUCUUUUCUGGUUUCAGUUUUCUUUUAGUAUACAAGAAAAAGAGAGGAUUGUUUAUGUGAUGACUGUUUAUAGUGGAGUCACACUGCAGUUCACAGAACAUUUCCAUGUGCUGUUUUAAUCUGACUUUACCCUCAUUUAACAAAUGAGGAAGUCGAAGCCAAGAAAGGCUAAAUGGCUUGCCUGGUGCCACACAGCUAAAUUACACAGUCAAGCCAGAAUUCAGAUUCUGAAUGUGUCUAAUGGUAACGAGAGUCAAAGAUUUGUCAUCAAAAGAGCUUGAGUUUGAAUGCUUAAAGAGGUUUUUGGUUAUCAGUAAAUUGCAGUUUUAGAACUGAUUAGUUCCAAAACACUUUGUGUUGUUGUUAGGAGCACACUGGUUUAUUACAGUUAGAAGUGCGGGAGUAGAGGAUCUGCCUGCUGUCAGGGAUUCCCUAAAUAAAUCCCCCAGUUUCUUAGAGAAGAUGAGAAAUAUAUAUGAAUAGUUGCUGUAAGAUGUAAAUGGAAAUAUGUAAGUUGAUCAUAUAGUUUGAAAGAAUACAUCAAUAAUAAUAAAGCUGUACUUUAAACAUGUUAUAUAUUUCUUAUUUUUUUAAGGGGAAAAAUUCAG